CUUACUGUGCAAUAGUUGUAUAAAAUACAGUAUAGUACCCACGUUUGUUUAUAGCACUUCAUUUCGUUUUUGUUUAUGGCAUAAGUUGUAUUGCCAGCAGUAUCUAUGUCCUUGUGUUAUCUUGUUGUAAUGUGUAAUGACUGUAAGCACAACAUAGACCAUACUUCCGUCUAUAUGUAGUGUACUUGGCCGAUAAAGCACGAUUCCGAUGCGGUUCCGAUUCCCUUGUAGUGAUGUGUCGUUCAUGAACGAUUCGUUCAUUUUGAAUGAAUCUUUAAUAUGACUCGGGAACAACGAGUUGUCUCAGAGAGUGAUUCGUUCAUUAUUGACCGCGCAUGCGCAGAAAUGUCCCCAUAGGUUCUGUACCGGAAACAGAAAUGAUUAGAUCACCUCUCGAGUCUUCGAGUUCGAAUACCUAUGGAGCGGUCACGUGAUGAACGAAUGACUCAAACCCGAAGACUCGAGAGGUGAACUAAUCAUUUCUGUUUCCCGGGAACAGAUGUGACAAAUGUGACGUGAUAAAAGAAAGAAUGACUCGGAUCGGGAGGUGAAGUGAACUAACAGACUCCAUAGACUGAAGACCAGCUAAGCUAUUAAUUAAUCAUAUCUGUUUCUCAUCAUUCAACAUUGGCUGGAUUUCAUAUAGUUUAUUUUUCAUUCCAAAUGUAACCAAUGUUUGCGUAAGUACUAGAUGUGUUGGGGAAUUUAACAUGUAACAUUUUAAUUAUAUUCUGAACGAAUCUUUUUUCGAGUCAUUUCGUUCAUUUCAGCAGAAUGGUCAUUUCAGCAGAAUGGUCUGCACUUAUUUAUAUAAGUGCAGAAAAUUCUGCUGAAAUGAACGAAAUGACUCGGAAAAAGAUUCGUUCAUUUUGCUGUACGAGUUUCAAAGAUCCGAGUCAGUAAAAUGAUCCGAACUUCCCAUCACGAUUCCCUUGUGACUAUUCGACGAGAAAUCGGUGCGCAUGCGCAGUGCAGGUGCACGCAGCUCGGGCUUGUGACAGCUCCCAUUUCCUCAUAUGAAACACUGGCUGAAUGGAUUUGGGUGGAGAGUGAGAGCUAGUGACGUCCGAAGCGAGCAUCGGUCUGCAUUUAAGAUUUUACAAACCGACUCCACCUGCUCCAAAAGAAGCAGUCCUGAACCGACACAUCUGUUUUUAAGAGCCUGUCUAAAUCUGGAGAUGGAUUUAUAUGGGAAGAUGGCUGCCACUCAAGAUGGCAAACAGAAAGAUAACUCAGAUCAAAACUUUGACUACAUGUUCAAACUGUUAAUCAUCGGGAACAGCAGCGUUGGUAAAACGUCAUUCCUUUUCCGCUACGCCGAUGACUCAUUUACAUCAGCUUUUGUCAGCACAGUGGGGAUCGACUUCAGGGUCAAAACCGUGUACAGGAAUGACAAGAGCAUCAAGUUGCAGAUCUGGGACACAGCAGGCCAGGAGCGCUACAGGACCAUCACUACAGCUUACUACCGUGGAGCCAUGGGAUUCAUCCUCAUGUAUGAUAUCACUAACGAGGAAUCUUUUGCUGCUGUGCAAGACUGGUCAACUCAGAUUAAGACUUACUCCUGGGACAAUGCCCAGGUGAUCCUAGUUGGAAACAAAUGUGACAUGGAGGAGGAGAGGAUAGUGUCCGUGGACAGUGGAAGACUCCUGGCAGAACAGCUGGGUUUUGAGUUCUUUGAGACAAGUGCAAAGGACAAUAUUAACGUCAAGCAGACUUUUGAGUGCCUGGUGGACGUUAUCUGUGACAAAAUGGCUGACAGCCUUGAGACCAACCCUGCUGAAACCACCGGAACACCCACAACCAAACUGAGCGACAACGCCGUACCGACCCAGCAGUCCGAGUGCAGCUGCUAGUGAUUCCUACACAGGCUGUGUGUGUAUGUAUGUAUGUGUGUGUAUGUAUAUGUGUGAUUUGUGUGCUGUUGCCAAUCUUUCAAAGACAAAAAUACAUCACCAAACCCCAAUUCCAAACUGUAGGCUGGCUAGAAGCUUUGCAAAAUUGUGGGGAAAAAUCGGAACGGUUUUCCAGUCUUAUCUAUAACUCUAGAUUAGGAUUAGCAAUGCGGAACUCUCAGUUUAGAUUACUAUUGCUGAAAAAACGCAAGGACAUGAUGAUGAUGAUGUGCCAAAAUAUCAGUGUCAGAGGGCCAUGUGUGAUUAUAUCACUGUAAAGGCCUUAUCUUAUGCAUUGAGGUUUAGAUAAUCGCAGUAGAUCUCCUAAUCUGUGCAAUACACUGUUUGUGUCAUUUAAGAAAGCCAUGAACUGAAUUAGCAGCUGUGCUUAUUCCCACUCGCCUCAGGGGAAUUACUUAUGUGUGUAUUGCUUUCUUUCUACCUAAUGUACAUAUAUAAUUGGUAAGCUUUUGUUAUAUCCUAACUAACGAGUGUUCUGUUGAUUGAAGUCUAUUACAACGUAUUGAAAAGUUGUGUCAUUAUAGAUGAAUAAAUAUGGCCUUAAAACCUGUAAAGCUUAAAGAUAAAUGAUU